CCCAACACUUGCCCCAUCUCUCCGCGUCCUCGCCUCGCCUCGACGCCCACAUCGACCGCCCAUCGCCCACCUCUCCAUCCGUCUUUCCCCUCCCCGCCAUGGCCGACGCCGCCGUCCAGAACCCGGCCAACCAGCUGCCACCUCACAAGAAGCAGCUUCCCUCAUCCAUACCCGACAUCGACUCGCUAGAGGGCUUCUCCACCGACGGCAACGACGAAUACUCGACCUUCAAGAAGCUGCAGCGCCAGCUGGAGUACAUCAACCUGCAGGAGGAGUACAUCAAGGAUGAGCAGAGGAGUCUGAAGAGGGAGCUGGUGCGCGCGCAGGAGGAGAUCAAGCGCAUCCAGAGCGUGCCUCUCGUCAUCGGCCAGUUCAUGGAGGCGAUAGAUCAAAACACCGGCAUCGUACAGUCUUCGACAGGCUCCAACUAUGUCGUCCGCAUCCUUUCCACUCUCGACCGCGAACUUCUCAAGCCUUCUUCGUCCGUCGCGCUGCACAGGCAUUCGAAUGCCCUGGUAGACAUUCUUCCUCCCGAGGCCGACUCGUCGAUAGCCAUGCUGGGCGCGGAUGAGAAGCCCGACGUCACGUACGCCGACGUUGGUGGUCUGGACAUGCAGAAACAGGAGAUUCGCGAGGCCGUCGAGCUUCCCCUGACGCACUUUGACCUGUACAAGCAAAUCGGUAUCGAUCCCCCGCGCGGUGUCCUGCUCUACGGUCCCCCGGGUACCGGCAAGACCAUGCUUGUCAAGGCCGUCGCCAACAGCACUACUGCUUCCUUCAUCCGCGUCGUCGGCUCCGAAUUCGUGCAAAAGUACCUCGGUGAAGGUCCGCGCAUGGUGCGCGACGUCUUCCGCAUGGCCCGCGAGAACUCGCCCUCGAUCAUCUUCAUCGACGAAAUCGAUGCCAUUGCUACCAAACGUUUCGACGCCCAGACCGGUGCCGACAGAGAAGUCCAGCGUAUCCUGCUGGAACUGCUGAACCAGAUGGACGGUUUCGACCAGACCAGCAACGUCAAGGUCAUCAUGGCGACGAACCGCGCCGACACGCUGGACCCCGCGCUGCUGCGUCCGGGUCGUCUGGACAGGAAGAUUGAGUUCCCGUCGCUGCGCGAUCGCCGCGAACGCCGUCUCAUCUUCACGACGAUCGCGUCGAAGAUGAGCCUGUCGCCGGAGGUCGAUCUCGACUCCCUCAUUGUGCGCAACGAGCCAUUGUCGGGUGCCAUUAUCGCAGCCAUCAUGCAGGAGGCCGGUCUGCGCGCUGUCCGGAAGAACAGGUACAACAUCAUCCAAACCGAUCUGGAGGACGCGUACUCGGCGCAGGUCAAGGGCGUGGGCGGCGACGCCGACAAGUUCGACUUCUACAGAUAGACGAUCAGGCACGAAUCCAUAUGCCAGUGGUUGGUGGGUGGGUUAGCACUAGGUCUGGAGGCACGUGAUGGUGUCGUGGUGGGAUUUAGAGCUGGGUGUGUAGCAUAGGGCCGUCGUCUUUGAGCAGCACAGAGGAAAGAAACGUUUGGGCGGAAUCAAGAGAUUGAUUCUGGCCGUUUUUUGCAUAUCAACCGGGCCAUUAUGGUAACGUCGUUUUUUGUGUGUACUAGCUACUAGUCUUAAUUUGAGGAUUAUUGUGCGCGUGGAGCCAUUGGAGGGUCGAGAAGGGCAAAAAUGCUUUUAAUAU